CAGGAGAGAGAGCUCCUGGCACGCGCUACACAACCACUGCGACACUGUUUCCGUCAAAAGUUGGUGUCAGACGCGUACAGCUAACGCUUAACUCGAAGAUUCCAGGGCAGACAAAGUUUGUAAACAUGGCGGUUCGACAGAGCUUCACUGCUCUCUUCUUGGUGAUGUUGUACGGUGCGACUUUUGCGUACAACAGAGGCUGUGAUUUCAGUCAGUUGGACUUGGAUGGCGCUGUAGACAAAGUUAUUGAACUGCUGCCCCGGUACCGCAUGCCAGAUGAGAAAGGAUUUCGGACUGCCUUCAAGGGAUUUGAAACCGGGACUCUCAAUAUAACUGGCCUUGAAACAAUCCAACGAUACGGCCCGAUCCAGUCUUAUUGUGUGAACGGCACCCGUCUAAUCAGCGUGGAUCUGAUCGAGCAAGGGGACGCCAUGUUGACACUUCCUUGGAGGGCAUGCUCAGGGCAAGAAGGAACGAUAAACUUACGCACAAAGCUUUCACGCUUCACGCUCAUACUUGGAGUCGAAAGUGUGCGUCCGAGCCAAGAAGUCCGUCUCACGUACGAAGGGCCCAUUAUUCCCGUGUUCAUCUUAGACCCAAAGAUUUACAUCGAGGGGGCCGGUACCGGCGUCAGAGUAGCUACCAUGAGCAUUAGCAAGCUUUUUCCUGCUCUCUCUGAGAGUGUGUGGUUUGACUACUUCCUCAUUUAUUUUCGUGGUGUUGUACGUCAUGCCCUGCGGGAUGCUUUCCCGUAACCAUUAUCUUCAAUUAAAAGGUUUUUAAACCUACUGGUAUGAACUUUCCUUCACAACCACCAUUUUUUCGGCUUUUAAGCAAUAAAAUUUCAGAGGAUUUUUGCGGCA